AUGGGUGCUGUCUAUCCUUCUGGACAGUUAGUCCGGGCAGCCGCCCGGAAUCGUGUCUCGUGCGUCCCCCGACGGACAUUGACCUCAACAACUGUUUGCCGCGCCAACAAUGACGCUGGUAAUACAACCCCUCCUCCCGGCGAAAAGAAGAAGAAGAAGUCUUCCCUGCUCUCCUCCGUGAAGAAUUGGGUUCUUGGCGACAAACCUAAGGCCGCCCGUACUCCAUCCGCUCCCAAGCGGGAGGAAGCUGGUUUAGGUGCGAACUCGAUUUUCGCCGACGACGUUAAAGCAACAUCGGGUCCCACGCCCAGCCGGAAGAAGGAACAGAUUCAACAGCGGGACUCCGAGCAGGCCGACGUUCCAUUAGAACAGCGGGACAAGAAACGCCUCCAACUUGCUCUGAACCCGAACCCCCCGAGCUCAACUUCGAAGAUGGUCAACCGGGAAAUCAAAAAGGGCGGUCGAAUUUCCAGGAAAGUGCAGAUUGCGCGUACAGAGCGUGAAUCUCUCUCGAAGUCACACUGGUUCAAGACCUCGGUCAAGAAACUGGGCCCCCUGGCUCGCCAAAUCUCUGGCAAGAGCCUCGAUGAGGCCAUCCUGCAGAUGCGUUUCAGCAAGAAGAAGGCCGCUCAGGAUGUCCUUGGUCAUCUGGAACACGCGAAGAACGUCGCCAUGGUCCGUGCCGGCAUGGGCCUGUCGGCCACCGAGGAGUCCGACAAAAAGCCUACCACCGUCACCCUGAAGUCUGGCGAGCGCAAGGAGAUUACCGACCCUACGAAUAUCUAUAUCCAACAAGCCUGGGUCAACCGUGGCCCUUACGGAUUUGGUAUGGACCACCGUGCCCGUGGUCAAAUCAACCGCCUCCGUCCUCCGGCCACUGGUAUCACCGUUGUACUGAAGGAAGAGAAGACCCUCAUCCGCGAGUGGCAGGAGCGUGAAGCUGAUGCAUUGCGGAAGCGAACAGCCAAGCUCUGGACCCAGCUUCCCGAUCGGAAGAUUUCUGCUCAAAACCAAUGGUACAGCUGGUAA